AUGUCUACCUCGGCGAAUGAUGAACAAAUGUAUGGGCUGCUCGCAGACUACCUGGCGGAUCCCUCCUGCCCCCGGGACGAUUUAAAACAGUUCCUGAUCUCUCGAUACAAGCGAAAUGUCCAUGUUCCUAUGGCUGAUGAGGAGCUUGAAGAACGUUUGGAGCUCAUGAAGAAUAUCCAGAGACAACUCGAUAACAACCAAGUCAACGUUGGCGAUGCCGAAAUGACGAGAAUCGCUGCCUCCUUCUGCCUCCUCAUCCCUCUCGCGAAACUCCGGGAGGUACACUGUGAUAUUCAAGAUAGGCUUGGAGAUGUGGAAACAGCAUUCAGAAACCUCCUUCCAACAGUCACUCUUUCAGCAUUUAGCCACGUUUCCUUUUCCCCUGCCCCUUUUUAUCUCUCUGGUACAAACAAAUACUUACUUUCUAAUGUCAUAAUAGACCGAACCUGUAAGCUCAUAAAAGAUCCUGAUGAGAAAGAAGAUAAAAAGUCGCGCGAGGGGGUUUCGAGCAAGGAGCUGGAACCUACGAGAGUCCUCGAAGAAGAAGGCGAGCCAUCUACACCCCAAACCGAAGGGAAGAAUAAGCGCAAAGCCAGUUCCGUCGAUAAUAGCAUCCAUUCCGGCCCAAAGGAUAAGAAGGUUGCCUCUUCUGGCCUGACUUCAGGAGGACUGUUGUCCGUCAAGGCACAUGCUAGGAAUUUGCCAGCAACUGCGAACAUAGCAGCACCGUCUCGGGAGGAUGCCAGCGUCAAAUGGCGCAAUGAAAAACAAAAAAAGGAUAGAGACAACGAAAAAUGCAUCUUCACUCAUUGCACGAUUGUCGAGGUCUGUCACAUCCUCGGCUGGGCUUUACAAAGCACCGGAAAAAAGAUAGAUCGAGUGAGAAACUCUAUGAAAGAGCUUUUUGAGUAUUUCGGCAAUACAGCGAGUCUCCAAGGUCUUCUGGCUGGACCUACAGACAAGUCAUGGAACAUGUUGACUCUGAACAGACUUUUGCACUCGCUAUGGGGCGAUGGCCAAAUAGCCCUACAGUGUAUGGGUCUUUUCCCAACUCUAGACGAGGAGGGUAGGCUUGAGGAUUCGAGUCCGACAAAGAUUAGUCUCCGAUUUUUUUGGCUCAACGUCAAGAAAGGCUGGCGAGCCAAUGACAAGUUCAAGCUCAACUAUGAUACGCUGUCCGAAAUGUCUAGAGACAGAUUUCUACCAAGAGCUUUGCCCGGCAACCGGAUCUCCCGAGACAUAGACGGCCAUGGCGUUAUUAGUGGCAAUGAAGUCGACAUUACAUUGCCCUGGGAGGACGCAACCAACAUGCGGCUUGUUAUCGACGCCCAAUGGCACUGUCUGAAUAUAUGGGCCAUGUCUGGAGCUGCAACGGACUUUGCACUUGCGAAGCCUGAAGACUUUGAGCCAGACUAUUGUGGCGAUCUCUUGCAGGUAGGUGUCCUUCCUGCAUCUGAGCAUGGAAUGGACAUCGACCAGUGGCUACAAGGUUUGCCUUAG